AUGAGCACCUACGUCACGCCCUUCACACCAAUCCCCUCCUUCUUCGACGCUCCCGCCGUCGGCGCCGACUACGACCAGUCCUCCCUCAUGGCCUUCCUCAUGAACGACGACUUCACCACCGACGCCCUCUUCGCCUACGCCGACAACACACCGCCCACCACUGCUCCCCCCGCUCCACCCUCCUCCGCCGCGCCGCUACCACCGGCUCCCCCAGCAGCACAAACAAGCCACGGCAGGAAGCGCGCCCUCACCCCAACAGCAGCCGACGAGCCCACCCGUUCCGCGGCACUCAGGAGGAAGACCUCGCCACCGGCCUCGCCCGCCACCAGCGACCCCUCCCGCUCCCCACCAUCAGGCCGCGGCGGGGGCCGGCGGGUGUGGGUGCGGGAGCGGAGCACGGAGUGGUGGGACCGCCUCAGCAACCCCACCUGCCCAGACCCCGAGUUCCGCGCGGCCUUCCGCAUGUCGCGCGCCACCUUCGACGCGCUCUGCGACGACCUCAGCGCCGCCGUCGCCAAGGAGGACACCGCCCUCCGCGCCGCCAUCCCGGUCCACCAGCGCGUCGCCGUCUGCCUCUGGCGCCUGGCCACCGGCGAGCCCCUCCGCGAGGUCUCCCGCCGCUUCGGGCUCGGCAUCUCCACCUGCCACAACAUCGUGCUCCAGGUCUGCGCGGCCCUCACCACCGUCCUCCUCCCGCGCACCAUCCGCUGGCCGCACGACCUCUCCUCCACCGCCUUCCACAACACAUCAGGCAUCCCCGGCGUCGUCGGCGCGCUCUGCACCGACCACAUCCCCAUCGGCCCGCCCAAGGACGGGGUGGCCGACUACUACAACCGCCGCCUCACCGAGCGCAACAGCAAAGCCUCCUACUCCGUCGCCAUCCAGGCCGUCGUCGCCCCGGACGGCGCCUUCACCGACAUCAGCAUCGGCCUGCCGGGCUCCCUCUCCGACGCCGCCGUCCUCGACCGCUCCGCCCUACACUCCAGCUGCCAGUCCGGUGCCCUCGGGCCCCACCACCGCCUCGUCGGCGGCAAAAGCUACCCGCUCACCGACUGGAUGCUGGUCCCCUACGCGCACCACAACCUCACCUGGGCGCAGCACGCCUUCAACGAGCGCGUCGCGGCGGCGCGCGCCGCCGCGCAGGCCGCGUUCCGGAACCUCAAGGCGCGCUGGCGGUGCCUGCAGCGCCGCGCCGAGCCCAAGCUCCCCGACCUCCACAACAUGAUCGGGGCCUGCUGCGUGCUGCACAACUUCUGCCAGCGCAGCGGCGAGGAGGUCGACCCCGAGCUCCUCGUCGACAUCGACAACCACUUCGCCGACGAAGUCGUCGCGGCUGAGCCCGUGCGAUCCGCCGCGGCUGAGAAGGAGCGGGACAGGAUCGCGCACGACCUACUACACGGCGGACACGCAGUCACAUUCUUUUAGGCUUUAGCUGUCUUUCUCUUUGUAAUUUGAGCUACUGCUCUUCCAUGAAGGCAUGGAAGACUCCCCCAGUAGUAGAUCACAACAUGCAGCUUUCGGACAUGAUUAGGAAUUCCAUUCUUUUAUGUACUGUAUGUUCCAAGAACACAUAAUGCACGUAGUGCAGGCAAGUAGCCAGCCAAAUUUACUGUAAGUAUUAUCAUCAUGUGGAAGGAAUUUACAAGAUUCAUGUGUUUACA